GUAGUAAAUAUUUUGCAGAUUUUGCUAAUUAACAUUUAAUUAUACAGUUUUUUUAAGUAAAUACAAUUUACAUGAAUACUGAAUAACAUGACAAAAUAAAUUUAUUUUGUCAUGUAGAAUAAUGCAUUUAACACUCUUUGACUUUACUAGUUUUCGUUAGUUUAAUUAUAUACGCUAAAAAUAUAUUUUUGUUUAUACUUAAUUUAUAAAACCCAUUGAAUAGUGAUUUUAUUUGAAAAAGAUGCAGCCAUGUUUACAUGAUUAAUAAUUGAAUAUAAGAAUUAUUUAUUUAUGAUGGACGUUCAUCACGCACCUCAAUACUUACCUGAUUUAGUAUUGGACAUAAUAUUUUCUAAUUUGGAAUUGCCAGACUUGUUAACCUGCAUGUUGGUCUGUCAAAAUUGGAAUCGCGUAAUUAAUGAUACUAGAUCAGAAACGUGGAAAUUAAUUUGUCGCCGUAAGAUACCCAAAGAACUACUGAAGUCUGAACUUUUAUCGCAACUCCACAGCCAUAAGGCUAAGUUACGAGCUUUAUAUCAUUCAUGGAAUCCGGAUGAUUGUUCUAUGCACAUUGUUGUCAAACAAAAUGGUUUUACGUUGCAUCGUAACCCAGUCGCCCAGAGUACAGAUAUGGCACGAACUAAAAUUGGCUAUAGCAGUGGAAAACAUGUAUGGGAAAUUACAUGGACUGGACCCCUAGGUACAGUUGCAAUGGUUGGUGUUUCAACAAAAGAGGCUCCAGUGCAUUGUAGUGGUUACUUACCUCUGUUGGGUAUUGACAAACAUAGUUGGGGUUGGAAUUUAAUCGAUAAUGUUUUGUUGCAUAAUGGAGUUUCGCAUGGAAGCUACCCAUUGCUAAACAAUGCUCCUAAGUAUCAAAUUGGUGAAAAAUUACAAUUAAUUCUAGAUUCUGAAAAUGGUACUUUGCAUUUUGAAAAAUGUAAUGAAUUUUUAGGUAUAGCUUUUAAAAAUUUACCUAAAACUAAAUUAUAUCCUUCAGUGUCAGCUGUAUAUGGUAACACAGAAAUAUCAGUAGUAUAUAUUGGUAAACCGUUAUAUGGUUAAGUAAGCAUUAUAGUUUUUGUAAGAAUUCCAUCUCAUAGAAUAUAAAAUACUAUUUAACAUAAAUAAAAAAUACUUUACACAAUUCUAUUUAAUUCAUUUUUUAAUGUUUUUUUUUUUUAAUUCAAUAAUAUCAAUAUUAUUUCUGUUAGUAAAUUAUAUUGGAUACAUCCAAACAUAAGUCUUAUGAGUGAUUGUGUAUUAAAAAAAUAUUUAGUCUUAGAGCUCUAAUAGUAGGUAUGGUGUUAGUGUUUAAAUACUAAAAUAUUUAGCUUUAAUAUUAACUCUAUUUUUAUAUUUGUAUUAAAUUAUAUUAUACUAAAGUAACGCAUUUAUUUAAAACCGAAAAUAGAAGAUUAAAAUUCAUGAUAAAAAACAUAACAAAAAAAUAAAAUGUAUACAGUGUACUCUUAAUUAUCUGCAUUGCAGUUUAUCCAUUGCCUUCCAUGGAAUCAUCUACAUACAUAUAUGUAUAAAAACAAAAUAUAUACAUAUUUUCUCAUUUCACAUUAAUACAUCAUUAUUGGUUUAAUUGGGUUGUAAUAGCCGAUUACUCGAUAACGACAUAAAAUACAAUACGCUUGUUUAAUAUCAUUAUAUCAAUAUUUUUUGGUAAUUGUUAAUUACGUUUAAUGAAAAAAAAUCAUUAUUUGCGGAUUAUUCAUGGAAUUUUCUUAUUUGUGGAUGCCCUGCCACUCUAUUCUGUGGUUAACUGAGAGUACACUGUAUAUAGGGUGAUUUUUUUUAUCAAACAACACUCAUUAUUUCCAAAAGUAUUCAUUUUUUUGAAAAUAUUUUUUUACAUAGUUUCUAAUUGUUAAAAAAACAACGUUUUUAUAAAAAAAAUUAUAUUUUUAAAUAUUUUUUAUCCUUAUAAUUUUUUAAGUUUUUUACUUUUUUGAAUGACAACAUAGAUUUUUAAUUUCGUAUUCCAAAGCAGAAUAAUUUUCUGAGUAAUUCGAUACAUAAAAAUCAAAUUUAGGGUGAGUAGUUUAUGAGUUAUACAUAUUUAAAGUUAAGCUGCAUGGAGUGGAGUGGUACGGGGUUACCCCGCAAAAUGUUUGUCCACUACUCCACUUGUCUAAACUUUGAAUAAGUAUAACUCAUAAACUACUCACCCUAAAUUCAAUUUUUAUGUAUCAAAAUACUCAAAAAAUUAUUCUGCAUUGGAAUAUGAAAUUAAAAAUCUAUGUUGUCAUUCAAAAAAGUAAAAAACUUAAAAAAUUAUAAGGAUAAAAAAUAUUUAAAAAUAUAAUUUUUUUAAUCAUCAUAGAAAUACCUUUUAGUUUUUGUAAAUUACAUCAAAAAUGUAUAAAUAUUUUAUGUUAUUUAAUAUACUUUGUAACACAUCUUUACUUAUUCGUCAACACAUUGGUUAAGAAACAUGUGAGUUAGAGUAUGUUAAAAAUACCAAAAUACUUUUUAGAUGAUUAGCAAAGUACAUAUAUAACAAUGUUUAAACAUAAAGUAUUUAUGAUAAUUUUUAUUACAUUCUUUCUACUAAAUUUCACUACAUGGCUUCACCAUAUUUUUAUUUCAUUGUUAUUAGUAUAGUUACUAAUAUUGAUUUUUUUUUUUAUAGGUACCAGUAAGUAUUUUGUUAUCCAUUAAUAAUAAAUUGAUAAAUAAAAUGUAUUCUAAUCAUUUCAGUCAAAACUAUUAAUGAAUUUACUUAAUUUUAUAGGGCCAUAGAAUAAACUAGUAAACCAUCAUUGAUAUUGAUUAUCAAAAGCUCUAGAAAAAAAAUGAUAAGAAAAGAUACACCCUGAAAUGAGUUCUAAUUAUAUUGACUUUUUUUGAGUUAUUUAUAGACCACUGAAAUUUUCGAUUUUUAUGCGAAUUUUUUUUUGAAGUGUCUGUAAAAAAAUUUUGGAUGACCAACAAAACUUGAAAAUUUAAUACAAGGUUCCUUAUGAAUUGUUCUUAUUGUAGCUAAAAAAAAUUAAAAAUCGUUAGUCACAAUUUUUUUUUAUAAGUAUUUAUAGUUCAAAUUUUUACGAAAUCUGUCGAAAACGCGAAAAUUUGCAAGUAAUUUUGAAGUUGAAAAAUCAUGAAAUUUUUUUUUUCAUAAAAUUCGUCAAAAUUAUGAAUAUUUGCAAAUUAUUUUGUAGGUAUAAUUCAUAAAAAUGUUUGUAUAGGUAGCUAAGAGUUGAAAAUUUAAUACAAGAUUUUUCAUAAGUUUAGCUUACAAUAAUUAUAAAAGAACUUAAAUUUUGGUGUAUUCAAGCCAUUAAAACAUAAACCACUUUUUUCACCAACCACUGGAAAUUAUAUCCUAGGCUGACAAAUCAUCUUCGUUCAGAAUCGUUUUUCGUAUACAAUGAUACCUAUCAUUGCAUUCAAAUUUAACCUACCUUAGUCUGAGGUCCACCCCACCCCCUAAUGUACAGCAGAACGGUACCCACUUGCCCGCUUUUUUAUAAUAUAAUGAAUUAUAAAUUGUGAGAUACCUAUAAAUGUUUUUUUUUUUUACAAAUGAAAAAAAUCUCUAUCACCCCCCACAGAGUAGUCCUAGUUAUGCCACUGGGUUUGCCAACAACCCUGCCAUGUAUUAUAUUUCUGAUACCUACCUAAUUAAAAAUAUUAGAUAUUUUAUCAUUAGUAUUUUAAUUAGAAAAAAAGUACUUCAUUUUCAUACAAAAAAAAAAUUAUUUUUAACAUAUUAAAUUUAAAUUAAAUACUUUGGAUAAUUUUAUUCAAAUCAAUUGAAAUAUCUUGAGGAACAAUAAUUAAUUUGUUUGAUAUACUUUGUAGCUUUUAGCUUUUACAUACAUUGGUACAUUCAUCGAUUCUAGACUUAAUCUUUUUAAUAAUAGCAAUACACAAUAUGUCAAUAUUUAAGAAUAAUAAUGAUAAGUAAAAUUAUUAUUUAAUCAUGAUAUACGUGUAGUCAUGUAGAUAUUACAUUAUCAUAUUUUAUAAUAAGUGACAUUGUAUUCUAUUACAUAAAUACAUAAAUACCAUUAUACCAUUCCUAGUAUUUCUUGUAUAAAAUAAAAUUAUAUUUAAGUCAUACUAUUUGGUCAAAGUACUUAUUGUGACUUACGAAAAAAAAUUAAUUUUUGUUAAUAUUAAUUAAAUUAAAAAUAGUAUUCUUAGAUUUACUUAUUUUUAAUUUAGUUUAACUGUAUUUCUAUUAAAUUCUACUUUUUGUUGAUUAUUAGUUAAGUGUUAUCCUAUUAUUUGUAUUAUUUUAACUAAUUAAAAAUUAUUACAUUUUUAAAUAUAUUUUAAAUAAAAGUUCUUCUUAAUAUUGUAUAACAAUUCAUAUUGUCCCAAUUAUUUUUUGAACAGUACCUACAAUUAAUUUUAAAUGUAUUUGUACCUAUUUACUGUAAUAAAUACCUACAAAGCUUUGAUGUUU